GCAGUGUAAUUCAUUUCAUCGGGAGCUUAAUAGCCCUGCAGGCUGCACGUCAAAGAAGGCAUGCCCUGCUGUUCCUAAAGCUGUAUGAUUAUAUUGUCAGAAUUUGCCUGCUACGACUGGUGUUUGUGUGUAUCUUUUUCCUCUCUCUUGCCAAAUUGUAUUUGUAUAUUAUCUGCUACCUUGAUAUUUGCUGUUCUAUAUCUAGUAAUAUAUAAGCUCCCAAUCUCUACUUUGCUAGCUACCAUAAAGGUUUUUCCGUUUUGACCAUCUUUAUUUUUGAUACUUUUGUUGUUUCUCUUAAAUAUAUCCCAUAAAACCCACUGUGCCUCCACUGUUUCAUUAUUAUUUGAUAUCUGUGCGUCUCAUCCUCACUCUCACUCUCACAUCCUACAUCUUGAUUAAUGACCAACAUUCCAUACUAGAACUGUAAAACAGAAAAAAAACCCAACCAAAAAAAAAAAAAAAGGUAUAUAUCCGCCAACGAAAAAUGCAGGUGGUCAACAAAUCCGGAAUCCAGAUCAGCACCGAAGCGCCGGCGACAGCUACGGCGGCGGUUAUGAAGCUUGAGAGCUCUCCAUAUGAGAUGGUUCGUCAGCUGGGAUGCAGCAACCCAGUGGUGAUGUUCAGCAUGAGUGGCUGCUGUAUGUGCACUGUCGCCAAACGCCUCCUCUUCGGCCUUGGUGUCGGCCCCUCUGUCAUCGAGCUCGAUCAGCAUGUCACCGGCGACGAUAUUCAAGCAGUGCUUUACGAGCUUGCCGGAGACACCCAGCAGCCGCUCCCUGCCAUUUUUGUUGGAGGGAAGUUCCUUGGUGGUGUAGAAACCCUCAUGGCUUGCCACAUCAAUGGAACUCUCAUCCCUCUCCUCAAAGAAGCCGGUGCUCUUUGGCUGUAAUCGCUUUGUUUGUGUGUAUAUAUAUAUAUAUAUAUAUUUCCAUUAGCAAUAUCUAUUAAUCUAAUCACUAUAUCACCACAAACUUUAGCAUUUACUUGAGAAAGUAAUG